AUGUCGCUGGAACUCAGCGACGAUUUUAUUCGUGUUUUCACUGCCCGUGAUGCACAGCUGCGCGACAUAUCCCGUCUCUUGGAUUUAGUAGGGGCACAAUUCAAUGAUGUUACGGACAGACAUGUAAUCCGAAGUCUGAAGUCAUUUGAAGUACAAACCCUGGAAAGUUGCCGCUGUACUUGUACGGACUGGUCUACUUUGCGUGUGUUGAUCAAACGAAGUGAACAAUCUAGCGAUUUGAGUCCCAUCUUGAAGGGUCUAGUGUCAGAUACACGGUUCGAUGGAGCAGUCAUACUAAUUGUUGACGAUGAUGACAAAACAAGCAAAAGCGGUCUUUCCAAGAAGGGUGCUGCCAAGCAAAACCUGGACAAAUUACCUGCUGGAAUUCAUUCAAACUUGAUGGUUUCGGAUUCCAUCAUCCAUCUCAAGUCAGCUCGUAUUUACCGAAACACUGUGAUAUCGAAAACCUUUGUUGGUCCAGAUUGUACAAUUGUCAAUUGUGGCAUGAUAUCAGCUCCUAAUGACUAUGAGAUUGGUCACAUCAAACUAUCAGUGGGCCCCGAAAGUGGCGGAGGACGGCCUCUACAUCUAACUUUGGAGCAUACCAUGAUUGACGUCUGCCGCCAACUGCGAUCGAAACCACCCACUUCUAGCACUACAUCCGCAAUUCAAAAUAUCAAUAUGAAUGUCUUGACAAAGAGCAAUGUACUUCGCGACACACCCACAAUCGAGAACAUUUACCUCCACGAGAAUGCUAGUAUUGAAGCUGCCACGUCUGUGAGCAAAGUUACCAUGCUGCCAGAUUCCAUUAUUGGUAGCUCGUGUACGGUUUCAAAUGCCUUGCUGCAAUGGAACGCCGGCGUUUCGGACAACUCAUCCAUCACGGAUGUCUUGCUCAUGGAACGGGCACAUUGUGGUCCCAGUGGAAUUGUAGUAGAAAGUGUCAUGGGUCCGGAUGUGCACACCUCUGCUGGAGAGGUCCAUGCGUCCGUGAUUGGGCCCAAUACAAAUGCACACCAUCAAAGUCUGGUAAUUGGCGUCUUGUGGCCACUGGGAAGGGGGAAUGUGGGAUACGGUGCCAAUGUUGGAAGCAAUCACACUGGGAGAUUACCGGAUCAAGAAACAGCAUCGGGCGAAGGCACCUUUUGGGGGCUCUCUUGUGUAAUCAAAUUUCCAGUCGACCUGACCUUUGCUCCCUAUUCCAUUGUUGCCGCUGGAACCACACUGUCGCCGCAACGGGUGUGCAUGCCAUUUAGUCUAAUUCUGGAACAGCAGUCAGGAGGGAAUGAAAUCAUUCCAGGAUGGGUCCUCCAAUCUUCUCCUUACACUCUGGCUCGAUCCGAAAAGAAGUUUGCCACCCGACGAAAAGCCAAACGGCAUGAUUUCUACACUGGAUGGAAGAUUCAACGACAAGAGAUAAUUGACAUGUGCCGAUGGGCCCGAAAUGUACUCCAACAGUCAAGUGGUGAGAAUAACAAGGUUCCUGGUGUCGGUGCCAACCAAUUGACCGGACGGGCACGCAGUGUUGGAGUCAAGGCGUACACCGAGUGUAUCCAACGAUAUGCCUUGCAUGGAUUGUUGACUUGGAUAUCACAGGGUAUGGAACAAGGCGGACAAAACCCAAAGACGAUGUUGGAAUCAGAGUUUUUGGCAAAGGGUAUUCCAACUCCUCAGAGUCCAAUCGAUCCCUUGGCAAAUGUGGACUGGCCUCCAAUGCCAUGGGAUAUGAAGGCAGUGGAUGAGUGGAAUUUCCAAAAAGCAGUUCUUGUAGAAGAAUUUGGGGCGCCGCCAGCAAGUGACACAAUAGUCUGGAUUACGGAAGUCCUGGAACGACUUGUUUAUUUGGAGGGCGACUUUGCUCGACGGAUUCACAAGAGUAAAGCACGAGACGAUGUUCGCGGUGCCAAGACGAUUCCUGGUUAUGCGAAUGCGCAUAUUGCGGCAGAUUCUGACCCAGUCAUUAUGGAAGCUCGCAAGAAUGCUGAUGACGUCAAGAUCCAGGUUGCUAGCAUUCUUGGACACAAGAGCACAGUGCUUCGAAAACAACGAAGUCGUCUAUGA